AUGGUCUCUCCCACCGAAUUCUCCUUGCCCGCUUUCCCCAAAAUGCUCAAGAAAAUGUACAAGAAGAUGUUCGAUCUCCGCAAAGUUUUCCACGGUCCGAAAACGCCAAUCUUCUCCGCCAUCACCUUCGCCGCAAUCUUCUUCAUGCUCUAUUCCGGCCACCUCUUUGCCGGCCCUUCUUCAACCGGCAGCACGGCCUUGCAGGAACCAGCUCUCCCCGCCGUCAGCGAGUUGCCACAGCUCAACACGCAUAUGAACAUCAAUCGGGAGGACUACGACGACGACGAGAGUGAAGUUGUGGAUCCUCUGGUUCCUCCGCAGAAUGUGACGAUAGCUGAAAGAAUUGAAUGGUUCCGACGGAAGCUUCCGGAGCUCGACUUGCUCAAUUCCAACGAGUUGAGUGAGAAGUUCCACGGCCGAGUCAUGGAGUUCUUCAACAACAACAACUGCUCAGUCCAAUUCUACAUGGUGUGGCUCUCGCCGGCCAAGACGUUUGGACCGAGGGAAUUCAUGUCCAUGGACAGCCUCUUUCACUCGAAUCCAGAAGCCUGCUUGAUCAUUGUCUCGAGAUCGAUGGACUCCAAGCGUGGAUACACAAAGCUCAAGCCCGUUCUCGAUCUCGGCUUCAAAGUUCUUGCAGUCACACCCGACGUGCCAUUUCUAGUGCAAGACACACCGGGCGAAGAUUGGCUCGAGGACAUGAAGAGCGGCACCAGGGAUCCUGGCUACAUCCCUCUAACUAUAAACCUCACCAAUCUGAUAAGGAUUGCAAUGAUAUACAAAUAUGGAGGGGCGUAUAUCGAUACGGACUUCAUAGUUCUGAGAGAUUUCUCAGAGCUACGGAACGUCGUUGGGGCUCAGACCAUGGAUCGAAUGACUAACCAAUGGAGCAGCAUAAACAAUGCAGUCGUGGUGUUUGAUCUGGGCCAUCCUAUGUUGUUGGAGUUCAUCAAAGAGUUCUCAAACACCUUCAACGGGAACAAAUGGGGUUACAACGGGCCGGCUAUGUUUUCAAGAGUCUGUCAGAGGAUGGGUGGAAGCCUACCAAGUUACAACGUAACGAUCUUGCAGCCCAAGGCGUUCUAUCCGGUCGACUGGAUACAGAUUCGCAGGCUUUUCAGAAAGCCGACAACCGGCUCUCAAUCAAGAUGGGCGGACCGGCUCAUGGUCGAGCUGCAGGAUAGCUAUGCAUUACACCUAUGGAACAAGAGGAGCAGGAAAUUGAUUAUUGAAGAUGGAAGUGUGAUGGACAGGCUUAUCUCAGAGCACUGUGUUGUCUGUCAACAUAUCAACCAUGCUUAG